CUAGCACCUUCUUCACCCUGCCCACAUUGGCAGCCCUCAGCGUUCCACUGGUCCCGCCCCCUCCCUAUCAGACACUUUGGUAUUCCUCUGGUCCCGCCCCAGUCCCGGACACAGGCGGCCCCACGGAUGGUGUCAAGAGUUGCAAAGAGCCCGCCCCACACUCAUCUAACCAAGCCACAGCUCCACGACCCCUUUAGUCCCGCCGUCUCUCUUCUUCGCAAAACAUCCCUCGCAAGGGGACAAGGGAAUUUUAGUUUCCGUUUCCGAUUUCUUUAUCCAUUGCACUGUUUGGGGUCGGGAAGAGAAGUGCAUUCAGGAAGGGAACCCACCCAGCAAGAUAAAAUAUACUGCUUAUUAUCUGUCAGAAAUGCAAGAGCCCUGACAUCCUACUUUCAACUGCUUGACGUUCACAAAAGGAAUGCUUUGAAUGAUCUGCAGUUUUAUCAUUUUCUUCACUAUGUAACAGACCUAUCCAAGGCUCAGAUCAUGCUGGUGUUUGAUUUGCUGGAUUGGGAUGGCAAAGGGGAGGUCAACUUUGAUGAGUUCUACAUGUUGGUGUGCAUCAUAAUGGCCCAUGAGAACCACCUUGAAAAGCAGUUCAUGUAUCGUCAUUCUCAUCCUGUUUUUGAGCUGCUGGACAUCGAUGGAGGGCAUACAGUCGGUCCAGCGGAGUUCCAAGCCACUCGCUUCCUCUUUAAUCUUAAAAAGAGCGAGCUGAGCCAGAUAUUCAAGGACUUUGACAUCUCUGGUGAUGAGCAACUGAACUACAAGGAAUUCAAGAUGUUCACUAUAUUCUGCAUUGACAGACAACAGAGGAAGGCAAAAGAGAAACUGAGGCAUCAGAUGGCUAAGGCUAAAGCCGAAGAAAAUGAAAUUGACUUUACUCAGCUUUAAUUAUAUACAAAAGAAAACAGUGUUGUUGAAGUUAAAAACACACACACAACCCGCAUGAGCCACAGCACGUGAUAAAAGGGCACUGAUAAAAACUGCAAGCUGUUUAAACAGAUCGCAAGAAAUAACUUGUGUUAAAAGCCAGUAAAGUACUUUUUUUUCUGUUACUCAGAUAACUUGCAGUCUGAAAGAAAACAAAACUGCAUGGCAGAAAAUUAAAAGGAAACAAGGAAGUUUCAACUCUAAAGUGGUCCCUGAUAUGUUAGGUGUUUUGCUCAAGCUUACUCAGUGAAUGAAUGGCUGCAAUAAGGUCCAGCCCAGGAUAUUCCCAUCUCACAAUGUCAGCUGUCACACUAUUCUUGCUCUAGUUCUAUUCUUCCAGGAGUUGGAAGAAAUGUCAGCUGAAUAACCACCUGCUCUGGCUGUCAGUUAAACUCUGGGUUUUUUUCUAAGACGGUAUCUCUUUGCUCUCCCCACCCCCAAUAAGCCUGCAUUUAAAACAGACAUCUAGAUAUUACUAUUAAAUUUCUGUUCAACCAUAUGUUCAGCUUAUGUUCUCAAACAUUGCUAGCCAUUUUGAAAAUUAAAGUCUGAAAACUUAACCCAGAAUGAUGUAAGGGAUUAAUUAUUUGGGUAUGAUUGGAUGCCCAGUGACUACCAUUACUAAAAUCUCUUUAGAAAGCCUUCUAUUUGACAACCGGGUGUACCACAGCAUUCCUGUAAUUAUAAUGACUAUUUACUGACCUAUGGACUCCAUUAAGACAGAAGAGACAUUUUGCAGUUUAGCUGUAUUAAGAGAAAAAGGACACUGUUUGUAUUUUAAGGCAAGGCAUCUCCAGUACCAAUUUUAUUAUUAUUAAAAAAAACAGGUUUUGUUGUU